CCCCUUCCCCUUCACUCUUCCUCCACACCCUUCUCUCUCCAUUCCCCUCUUUCUCUCUCCUCCCCUGUUUCAAACAGAGCUUCAUUUUAAUGGCGACUAUGGUCUGUAGAGGCUUACAGUCAUGCCUCGACCCUCAUCUUUCCGACCAAAGAACCUUCAUUUUCCCCCCUUUUGAGCUCCCUUUAAAACACCCUUCUAUUUCCUUAAUCGAUUCCGAUCAAACCCACAUUCUAAAUCCUUCUCCGCCCACCGGAAUUCCCAAUUCCGGCGCCGGCGAUGGCGGAUGGUCUCUACUCCAAUCGCUCGCCCCACCGGCGAGUAAACAAGAAUCGGUCUAUGUUCAUCCCCUGACCAAACGCUUCAACCCGACCGGCUUGAGCGAGAAGAGCCUGAACCUCUGUACUGAAAAUUUGGGCAAUGAAACCGGCAGCGAUAUAAUUGAGAACACUAUUUUCUCGCCGGAGAUUGACGGAGAGGAUUUUCACCGGAAAUGGGAAAAGAAACCCCAUUUCAAUUCGAAUUUGCAUUCAGGUUCUCAUCGGCUUCCGCCGCCGUUGACUACCAUUAGAGAAACAGAGUCGUUUAGGGUGACACCCCACCGGGAAGAGGGGAGGCUGAUAAUUGCGGCGGUGAAAAGUCCGUCGAGGGCGCCGUGUUUUCUGGCGGAGAGAAGCGGCGGGCGGCUGAGGCUCUGUUUUGCGCAAACAGAGGAAAGUGAAGAGGCUGACGGCGGCGACAAGGAGGUCGGCGAUGAAAUGGAGACCGGAAACGACCAUGGGAAACUAAUCUUGGAGCAAAUUUAAUUGCUUUUAUGUCUUCGACACAGUUAUGUGAAUAAAAUAUCUAUUAUCUUUUUAAAUCAUUU